AUGGCAUACAGAACUGCAGAUAUUUUGGCUCGCUUUAUUAGGAAAAGUGCCUUAGCCUGUCCAAUAAUUGUCGUUGGCGAAUCAUGCCCUCAAGAAACAGCUUUGUAUUAUUUUAGAUGUUGUGGUGAUCUGAAUAGAAUGGGUCGUUGUACUGAUAGUUAUUUUCGGCGUUUUGAUUAUAAUUAG